AUGGCUGCUCCUCCUUUUCCAGGUCUCAGGUUUUAUCAGCCCACUGAUGAUGAGAUUAUUAGGAAUUACUUGGUCCCCAAGAUACUGGGUACGCCGAAACCUUAUGAUACAAUCACCACCGAAGAUGUCUACUCCACCAGCCCUGAGCAUCUUCCACUCGAAGAAAAUGUCGACCACUUCAAUGAUAAUGAAUGGUACUUCUACACAACUAGGACAAACAAAAACCAUUAUUUGACAAGAAAUGGCUACUACCUUACCACCUCUAUGGAUGAGCAGAUCUUUCGUAACAAUAAAGUGGUUGGUUUCAAGAGGAUUCUGAGGUUUUACCUUGGUAGCAGGCCAGAAACAGGAAUCAAAACCGAGUGGUCCGUCCAUGAGUUUCAAGCUAACCCUGGUGUAUUUCCAGCAGCGAAUCUACUUGGUAAUGUUGUCCAGGAGAAGCUAUCCAGUUUGGUAGUGUGCAAAAUUCUUCGUACACAAGAACCUUCUGUCAAUGAAUCGGAGGAAAGAGGCAGGGAUGAAGGCGAUUCUUCGGGGGUUGAUAUGGAGGAGCUACCGAGUACAAGUAAGAAUCUAAAAGGAACUAAGCUGCCUCAGGAAGAAUAG